ACGCAAUAAUAGAUUAAUUAUAAGGCUACUUUAGCCAGUUUUAGCUAAACUAACUUUAACGUCAGCUAGUUUUAGCUAAACUAACUUUAGCUAGUUUUAGUUAGUGAUUCCACCGAGGAUCUAUAUUUUUCUAUGUGGCAACUCUGUAAUAAUAGGGCAUUAAUAUCAUAGUUAGCCUAAUUGCUUAUGAACAGUGACAACACAAAAAUGCUAAUGAAAAACUUCUAGUGUCGUCAUUUGACGUUAAUGACAAAAUGAAAAGUCAAGGUAAACAUAGCCUAGUCAUUACCAUUAUAGCCUACCUCCUCAGCCAAUCAGGCAGAGGCGUCAUAUUACCGCUGCUCUCCUCCUCUGGGUCUGUCACAGCUCGGUGCUGCUGAGACCCAGUCCCGGUCUCUCUGUCUCUUAAAAUCUGUCCCUAUCUCUGUCCGACAUUAAACCAUGUUACCGACCGAGUCCGGGGACAGUGAGGUUCCUCGGUGCUGUCCCUCGAAAACCAAACAAAACGACGCAACAGAGCGGCCAUGACGUUUCCCCGCGGAGCAUAAGCAGACUACAACACCGAUUUACUGUAGGCUACUAAAAAGGAAACGACUUUAAGAGCCCUGGACCCUGCAGAUGCUGUCCCAGACGUUGACACACACACACACCCAGACGUAAGAGUUACCCAGUCCUGUGGACAGGAAGACAACAUGGCCUCCGGCUCCCCGCCCAGGAAUCCUCCCAGCGGCCUCACAGACAGGAGCGGUAGCUUCUUUAAGCUGAUUGACACAUUUGCGUUGGAGAUCGGGGAGCUGAAGAGAGAGAUGGUCCAGACCUCUUCAACAGUCGACAAAGAGCCCAUGGAUCUACAAGGGCUGGACAGCGAAGUGAGUGGCGUUUACCUGCAGUCCCCCCACUGUGGCGGGGUGGGGGGGGAAAGGGAUUCUGGAUACGACUCCUUGCGAAGGAGGAUGAGCGUGUUGGACAGGCUGACUCAAACUCACCCGGUGUGGCUGCUGCUGGCAGUCAGUGAAGAGGAGGCCUGUCGCAUACUGCUCAAACAGCCUGCCGGGGUGUUCCUGGUCAGGAAGUCAGGCGCUCUGCAGAGAAAGGUUCUGUGUGUGCGUCUGAAGGAGGAUCAGUCAGGAACUCCCAUCAGCCACUUCCCUGUCAGAGAGAGCCAGUACACCUUUUCUCUUGAGGAAUCUGGGAUCAGCUUUGCAGAUCUGUUUCGCCUGGUGGCUUUCUACUGUAUUAGCAGGGAUGUCCUGCCUUUCACACUCAAACUCCCAGAGGCCAUUGCAUCUGCUAAGACUCAGAAAGAACUGGAAGAGGUGGCUCAGCUUGGAGCAGGCUUCUGGGACUCUUCCCUUUGUAGCCAGCGUCGCACUUCCCCCCGUCCCUGUCGCCCUCUGAGCCGUACCCUCAGCCCCCAGCGAACUAACAGGAACAGGAAGGCCGAGGGCUCAGAGCAGAGACACCCCGGGGCUCACUGCGACAGCGCACCUCCGACUCUGCGGUCCCGCUCUCCUCCGGCUUCCUUCCAUCAGGAGAGAAGACAUUCCGGGGGUCGUCUGUGCUUCGUCAACCCCCUGUUCCUCCAGACUCAUCACCACCACUGCCGCUGUGAGGGCCACCCGCCGUCUCGUAACAACCUAGAGAAUGCCGGGAAAUCGUCUGUGACGCCGUUAAACAGCAGCCAAGGUAGCGAGCAGCACGCGGACAAGAUCAAACUGAACAGCAAAUCACGGCCCCCUCCCCCUCGCCCUCCUCCCCCCCGCUCAAUGCCGCGCCGGCGCCCUGCCCCACCUCCGCCUGGACCUCCAGCCGCUACCACCAGACCCAAGAGCAUGCCAGAGGCCGCUGCUGUGUCUGCAAGGCAACAACAGCAGUCCCCCAGCAGGCGCCCAGCACCCGCUCGACCACCAAUGGGUGCCAAGCAUAGCAGCCCGUCCAAAACUACCAGCUCCCCAAUCCCUGUGCCUUCGAACCCGCCACCUCCAAGGCCUAAGAAGCCUGAUCUUGAAGCUCACCGUUGCCACAUUGCCCUGGACGACGAGACCAUCGCCAAGGCUCUGUCCCGGGCCAAGCUUCCACCAUGCCAGCCCCCGCCUGCUGUCCCCGCUGAAGCACUACUGGAGAAUAACGCUGGGAGUCCGUCCACCCCCAAGGAGAGGGGACGCCAGCGGCUCAGUGACAUGAGCAUGUCUACCUCGUCCUCUGACUCAUUGGAAUAUUCCCAGUCUCCUGGAUUCUCCCUGGGCCCGGCCCCGAGCCCGUCCCGACACCUUAAUCAUCAGAACACAGUGGAGGACAGCAGCGAAGACGAUGAGGACGGGGAAGAAGAUGAGGACGAAGACUACGGCGUAGGUUUGGAGACGGACCUAGAAAUGCGCCUUCGCCCGUCCUUAAAAGCGCGACGGCGAAGGGUCGGCGUGAGCCUCGGCGGCGGCUCUUUCAUCCUCCCCAGGGCCCUGAAGGGACGCUUCCGCAAGAUGAGCGGCAUGCUCAGCUCCUUCAUGACGCCGGAGAGACGGGCGGUGAAAAGGAUCGCUGAGCUGUCCAGGGACAAAAGCUCAUAUUUUGGCUCCCUGGUGCAGGACUACAUCAGCUUUGUUCAGGAGAACCGAGGCUGUCACACGUCAGGGAUGGAUUUUCUGCAGACUCUCAGGCAGUUUAUGACACAGAUGAAGGCGUACCUGCGCCAGAGCUCCGAACUGGACCCGCCUUUAGAGUCACUCAUACCUGAGGACCAAAUCGACCAGGUGCUAGAGAAGGCCAUGCACAAGUGUGUCCUGAAGCCUCUGAAGAGUGUGAUCGAGGUGGCUUUACAUGACUUCCAGGUGAGCAGCGGAGCUCUGCAGCAGCUGAGAGAGAACCUGGCCCUGGCUAAGACCAAGAGGCCCCAGGAGUUAGGGGUGGACGGAGCUGUGCCUCCUGACCCCAUGGCUAUAGAGAAGAUCCGCCACAAGUUCCUAAACAUGAGGAAGAUGUACUCCCCUGAGAAAAAGGUGUCAUUGCUGCUGCGUGUGUGUAAACUCAUCUACACCAUCAUGCAGGAUAACUCAGGGAGGAUGUACGGUGCCGAUGACUUCCUGCCCAUGCUGACUUAUGUGGUGGCUCAGUGUGACAUGCCUCAGCUGGACACAGACAUCCAGUACAUGAUGGAGCUGCUGGACCCAUCUCUGCUGCAAGGAGAGGGGGGCUACUACCUGACCAGCGCGUACGGAGCCAUGUCCCUCAUCAGGAACUUCCAGGAGGAGCAGGCGGCCCGGGUCCUGAGCUCUGAGGCCAGGAACACUCUGCACCAGUGGCACCGAAGGCGCACCGCCCAGCGCACGGCGCCGACUGUGGACGACUUUCAGAACUAUCUCCGCGUAGCCCUGCAGGAAGUGGACACAGGCUGCACGGCCAAAACCCUGAUCGUCCACCCUUACACAACCACAGAGGAGGUCUGCUCACUCUGCGCUUACAAGUUCAAGAUCCCAGACCCCGACACCUACGCACUGUUUCUGGUCACUGGGGACACCCGGCAGCAGCUCGCCCCGGACACGCACCCUCAACGGAUCAAAGCCGAGCUCCACAGCCGGCCCCGUGCACAGAUCUUCCACUUUGUCUUCAGGAAGGUACCUAACCUUAACCUCUGUAUCCCUGCCCUCAUGAACAAUGGAAACUGCCUUCAAGUUGAAUAGUACAGGAGAACGUGACAGCUUGCUGCACUCGAUCCUAAACAAUAGCCAUGUUUCGUGGUAAUCUGUUGAUGCUUGUUUCUUAGAAAACAUUUGAUACUGUCUGAACGGAAACAAAAAAAAACAAGCUGUAUGUUGAUGCAGAUGUAAAAUG